AGGGAUGAUAGCAUUUUUAGUAUAAAUACCACGUCACUGGUCUCCGUAAUCAUCAGUUCAUUUGUGUGCACAGUCGUCGAAUAAUUUGACAACAACACCGACGAAAAAUUAAAAUGGCCGCUAAAUUCAUCAUCUUCGCCGCUUGCGUGGCCACCGCCCUCUCCCAGUACGCUGCCCCAGCCUACAAACCCGCUUACUCCGCACCCGCUUACUCGGCACCAAAGGCUUACGCUCCAGAGCCCACAUACGCACCAACACCUUACAACUUUGAAUACAGCGUAAACGACCCACAUACCUACGACGUGCACAGCCAAUCCGAAUACAGCGACGGAAACGGUUACGUCAAAGGAACCUACAGCCUUGUCGAAGCCGACGGCUCCAUCCGUACCGUCGAGUACACCGCUGACGACUACAACGGUUUCAACGCCGUCGUCAAGAACGAAGGUGGAUACAAAGCUCCAUCAUACUCCGCACCAGCUUACAAGCCAGCUUACUCCGCACCAGCUUACUCCGCACCAGCUUACUCCGCACCAGCCUACUCCGCACCAGCAUACUCCGCCCCGGCCUACAAGCCAGCCUACAAACCAGCAUACUAAUUUAUUUAGUCGUGUAAACCCCAACUUUCUUCUUCAUAUUUAUUUCUUCGUGUACCACUCUGGACCAUCGUGUUCAUAUUGAACCGUGGUUUCAAACACAUACCAUGUCGUAUUGAUAUCCAUUACAAUCGAUACGACUUUGUAUUUAUUCUGUAAAUAAAUAUAAUAAUGUAUAUUUAUUGAAAAUUUUUA